UGAGAUCAUGGUUAUAAAUACCGUCGCACAUUUACGCAACAGCACAGCUUCUGCAGCGGCUUGUGGAAGGUCGCCACCUGCAGGCGGAGUGAUGAACAGCAGCAGCUGAACAUCAACAGGUUUCAUGUGAAUUAAAUCAGAUAAAAAGGUUCAAAUGUUCAAACGAACAUCAAGAAACGUCCCACUGAUGCCUGACUUCAGGGCAAUUAUUCAAAUGAUUCUUCUGAAAUUAAAUGUUUAAAGAUGCAAAAUGUGCACUAAUUUGCAUUAAUUAUCAGAAAAGAAACGUGAACAUGUUUCAUGUCGCUGACAUCAGAGGCGGGUUUGGAUUUCUCUUCUGUUGUUGCUUCAGAAGUCAGUAAAUACUGUCAGCAUCCAGGAAACACAAACUCAUUCCAUGUUUUUAGGAAUAACGUGUAUAAAUCAGGCUGCUGAUGAUGAACGAAGCCAUCAGUACAACCUGUCAGAACACAGAGUGAAACUGGAGGUCUGGUGGAUGAAGACUGAAGUGGAGAUGAUGGUGGAUAACAUGCUGCUGAGGGACGUGUCAGGACUGUAAUCAGAGAUCCAUUUAAUAAAGAUGUUUUUACUUCCUGUCCUCAGAGUCUCUGGUCCUUCAGCUGAGUCGGGUCCUGAGUGGAUCAGUCUUCCCUGUGAUCAUGUUUCUGUGGUUCUAAGGGAACCAGAUUCAUAAAACUCCUUCAUGUGUCCUUGUUCUUGUUGCAGCUUUACGGGUUCGAUGGUCCACAUGCUGCAAUCAGGACACUGAGUGACUCCAGAUCCAGACUUCACUUGUUUCUCUCCCUGUCAGGUCCAAUUAGGUUAAUCUGGUGGAUCACCUGAGCAGGUGGCAGCAGAGAGCAGAGAGUCAGGCAGCAACAGGUGGCAGGACUCCUCCUCUUCCUCCUCUUCCUCCUUCUCCUCCUUCUCCCUACUCGGACUGUGCUGGGAUGAAGCCAACCAGCCGGACUCACGGCGUGGUGGGUUAACGGAGCCCAGGGACCAGACUGUCAGGAAGCUGCUGCCUGGGACCAACCCGGCCGGAGCAGAAAGCGGGAGCAAUGGGAGCUGCUUAUGGGAAGAAGAAAGCGUACAGCAUCGGCCACGAGCCUCCACCAAAGCAGCAGUGUGUGAAAAAUGGGAAGCACCCAAAAGGCAAAGCUUCAGCAUUUGCGGACCUGCAGCAGCACCGACCUGACGGCGUCCACCGGAAACCGUCUCCUGUCUCCGGCUUCGUCCCGCCGCCCGAUUACCUGGACGGACACGAAGACGACGACCUCAUCAAACCCAAGAAACUGGUGAAUCCCGUCAAAGCCUCCAAGAGCCACCAGGAGCUUCACCGAGAGCUGCUGAGCUGCAAACGCGGGGAUGUCAGUGUGGAGAUGAAACCGGAGCUCCAGAGGGUUCUGGAGUCGAGGAGAAGAGAUCAGCAGAUCAAACAGAAGAAGCAGGAAGACGAAGCUCGAAGGAAGAUCUCACCACUGGAGGCCGAACUGCUGAAGAGACAGCAGAAGCUAGAGGAGCAGGAGAAACAGCAGCAGCAGCAGGAGGAGGAAAACCUGAAAGCUCCAGAGUUUGUCAAAGUCAAAGAGAAGCUCAGACGGACGUCCUUCCACAGCAAGGAGGAGAAGGAGGUGUAGGACGGGCCGCUGGUUGACGGGGUCCCUGAGGACACCGACCUGCUGGGGACCGAGCACAUAAUGCAUCUGAGUCAGAAACAGCUGGAGUCUCACAUGAAACACUUCAGGGAGAGUUUGAUUCAGUAUUGAUCAGCUAUUACUCAGUGAUGGAUGAGUGACUGAUGACUGAUUGGUCAGUAAGCAGGACGUUCACAGGAACUGUUCAUAAUCUGAGAGAAAAUCAAUCAGUCACGUUUCUGUUUAAUUUUAGUCUGUGAUCAUGAACUCAGAUCACUCUGAAGAUACUUCAGAGCUUCAGGAUUUGCUGAGGUUCUACAGACUGACGGUUCCUCACGGACUCACUGGUUUGAUGCUUCUGGACUGAGGUCUCAAUGUUAAGACUUUGAUCGAGAGUUCAUGAUCGGUUUAAUCAGAGUUUUUUAAUUACAGCAGCACAUUCAGAAUGUUUAGUUUAACUUUAUCUGUAAAAUGUGUCUGAAUAAAGUUUAACAGUGACAGAAGCUUCAGACGAGGAGCUCCAAACCCCAAGCCUAAACUCAACCUAAACUUAGCCUAAACUCAACCUAAACUCAGCUUAAACUCAACUUAACCUUGUACACUCAUCACCUGAUCAGUCUGACCGUCUGUUUGAUCUGAGGUAUGUUUUUAACAAGUAUGUGGUCAACAAAGAUCAGCAGCUUUAAGGUUAAAACUGAUGAACGCUAACGAGUGAAUCUCUGCUGUCGACAUUAAUCAGGCUUCAUUCAAUCGCUGCUGCUGCUACAAAUUGUGGAAGUCUUUUAACUCGUGUUUCUAGAAGAGCUGAACGUCACAUAACAGCCCGUCUGACAGAGCGUCAUCUGAUUCUAAGAUCUGCUGGAGGCGACCGAACCAGAGCAAAAAACCAGAACCUUCUCUUACUGGGUUUAAACUGGAGCUUUUCUGAGUGGCAUUUGGUUGGAGGCUCAUUGUGGAGCUGCAGCUAAUGGCUGCUUCCACUGAGGAUUAUUUUCUGGGAGAAUCAAUCUGCUGCUUUGUCUUUAAAAUGUGUCAUAAAUGUGAAAGAUGCCGAUCAGAGCUGCAGCCGCUUAUUCAGCCUGAGUUCACAAAACUCUGGUUUUCCGUGGAAACAGACUGUGGGUUCUGCUGGGAUGCAUCGGUUCCUGCAGACUGGACCUGUCGCCGGCAUGUUUCCGUAGAAACGUUCUCUGCUGCAGGUUUCUGAGGAUGAAUCUGUGCCUGAACCUGCCUGACGUGGGCUCAUGGCUGUGAGAGCAGCUGAGGAGCUGCCGGGCGUUCAGGAGAACAGACGUCUGCUGCUGGAUGUGCAGCAGGAAGUGGAGGCCUUGGCUGUGGAGAUGAUGGACAAAAGAAGGGAGCCUGACAGACACUGAGGCUGGAACAGGACUAGAGAGCCUUUAGACUUCUCUGUGUACACGUGGAUCUAAAACACUGAUUUUUACUUGAUGUCUUUCUGUUUGUGUGUUUUAAAGUUGUUCUGAUGUUCGCAGUCACAGCUGAACGAAACCAGAACCUCGAGCAGAACUGAUCUUCAUUAAAGGACUAAACCUGCUG